CUUGCGUUGAGACUAGACCAACUGACUGCAAGAUUUUAACUCAAGUUGUUUUUUUGUUGCUUUUUAACUGCCAUGUUGAGCAUUUUAGCUUUUUGUGUUCUGGUUUUGAGCCCAAUCUCCUUGUCUGCAGGAUUUAGAUACCACGUAGACACUAAGACAGGGAAUAAGCUGGGAGCCUCCACCGAUUCAGACAUUUUUAUCAAGAUUGUUGGAAAUAAAGGCGCAACAGGAACACAUGAACUGGCUUCGAGUGGUGACGACUUUGAAUCCGGAAAGUUCGCGUAAAUUACAAUGAAAAACAAUAUCUGUUCCGUUACAAUUCCUGGGUCCCGGGUCGCAAAUGGAUUGACAUUGAAAAAUAGAGGUAGAAUCGUGUCAAGACCCAGACAGCAGGUGAAACGAAAGUGUUUUUGCACGUUAAAUCAAAUAACACAAAUAAAAUCUGUGGUCAAAUUGUG